GAAGUCUCUGGUCACCCUUCUGGCACUGGCAGGCACGCCAGCACUGGGCCACACCUUCCUGGAGCAGCACAGCCAUCACCUCUCCAGGGACAUCGCCAACCCAGCUCCACCAACACCAGACGCUGGGGCACAGGCUCUGCCGCCCAAGCCCUUCUUUGGAGCACAG